AUGAAAUUCGACGACGAGGCAUGGGAGCGCAGUGAUGCCAUUUUCGACACAUGGAAAACGAAGCUGUAUGAGGAAGAUACCAUGCGAGCCAUCGGAAAUCUGAUCAAAAAACACCGUGGUGGUGUUCCCAAAGAACUGUUUGCGCCACAACGUGGAGCUUACAAUGUUACCAUCCGCAUGCAAUUUGGCGACGGAGGGUCCGCCAUCAUUCGAAUUCCAUGCCCAGGAAUCCACAUAUUUCCUGAAGAGAAGGUCCGCAAUGAGGUUGCUGUAAUGAAAUACAUUUCGGAAAAUACGACGAUACCGAUCCCUCUUGUAUUACACCAUGGCAUGAUAGACGAAUGCCCUGGACGCCUUGGCCCUUUCAUCAUCAUGGAAUAUGUGGACGACGCGAUGACACUAUCGAGUGCCCUCAAUCUUCCGGGACUUUCGCCUCAAGAUCGCCCUCUUCUUCAUCCAGGAAUAGCAGAAGAGAAAUUGGUAUUCGUGUACGAGCAGAUCGCCGACAUGAUGUUACAGCUCUCCACACUCACCUUCAACAAAAUUGGAGCACCCAUUGAAACUGAACCGGAUGUUUGGGCGGUGACUGAGCGUCCGUUGACCUUCGACAUGAAUGAGCUGGUGCAGCUCGGGAAUUGCCCACGAUCGGAACUUAUCUCUGUAGCAUUGGACACCUCGACUGCCUUCUACUCCGCAAUCGCCGAUAUGAAAACUAUGCACCUCGACAUGCAACACAACGAUGCUAUUGAAUCCCCUGAAGACUGUAGGCGGAAGUACAUCGGUCGCCACCUUUUCAGGAAACUUGCAUCGGAGAAGCGACUGCACAAUCCGGAGUUUGAGACAGGCCCUUUCCGUCUCUGGUGCGAUGACUUCCGACCUGGCAAUGUCCUCGUUGAUAAACAUUGCCGAAUCCUUUCCGUCAUAGACUGGGAGUUCACGUAUGCUGCACCAGCAGAGUUUGUCUACAAUCCACCAUGGUGGUUGCUUCUCGAGACUCCUGAGUACUGGUUCAGAGGAAUCGAAGAUUGGUCCAAACUUUAUCAGCCUCGCCUUGAUACAUUUCUCCGAGUCCUCCGUGAGCGGGAGCAGGCCGCUAUGGGCCGUGGCACUCUCAAAGCGGAAAAUGUGCUGUCGAAUCGUAUGCGAGAGAACUGGGAGGGUGGGCAGUUCUGGAUCGAUUAUGCUGCACGAAGGUCGUGGGCUUUCGAUGCAAUCUUUUGGACGUACAUAGAUCGGAAGUUUUUUGGUGGGAAUGGUAAAGGGGAUGAGUAUGAGGCGAGGUUGGGAUUGCUUAGCAAGGAAGAUAGAGAUAACAUUGGGGCAUUUGUGAUAAAAAAGGUAGAACAGUCGAGGACGAGGACCUUACUGGAGUAG